ACACUUUUUAUUAGAUUUUUUUUUGCAGCGUAUCGCUGCACACCAACCGAUACAAUUGCGGCCCCGAUAUCUAGCAGGAUAGCCGACGAGGAUGACGAUCCAGGCUUUGAAGAAGAUAUCGAGGAGGCAGGUAGCGGAGCAGAAGGAGGCCAAGGAAAAAGAAAACGACUGUUCUCAAAAGAACUGCGAUGCAUGAUGUACGGGUUUGGAGAUGAUCAGAAUCCUUACACGGAAUCCGUGGAUAUUUUGGAGGACCUUGUUAUAGAAUUCAUUACAGAAAUGACACACAAAGCUAUGUCAAUUGGACGCCAGGGCCGUGUUCAAGUUGAAGACAUUGUUUUUCUGAUCAGGAAAGAUCCCCGAAAGUUUGCCAGAGUUAAAGAUCUGCUAACAAUGAAUGAAGAACUGAAAAGGGCCCGGAAGGCGUUUGAUGAAGCUAACUAUGGUUCUUAGUCUUUCAAGUACAGUUCAUGAGAUUUGUUGGAAGUGUUCAUAUUUACAUUUGCAGGACCAUUUUUUAAAAAGACAAUUACUGUUCAACUCCAGAAGCGCAAUCACAGAUUGACUUUUUACAAUAUCGGAAUGACCAGAACAUAGGGUUUGCUUGUUCAAUCCUUUUUCAUGUAAAUACUAUUAUACUUUAAAAUAAAGAGACCUUAAAAUAAA